UUUGAAAGGUGAAGAAAGAAAAAGCAUCACCAGCAUAGACACACGCCUGCAGGUGUGACGGUGCCGGAGCUCACCCCUAUGCUGCUUUGUUUUUCCCCAACCUCUAACUGAUAAAAUCAAACCAUUACUCAGCAUCAACCGGAGCAAAAUGGACUAUACGUGAUUGCUGUUGCCACACGCAGUUCAAAAUAAUGAAUCCUCACAAUGGAGGCAGUACAUGGAUCUGAGAAAGGAUUAAUCAUUACACUGACUGAGGAAGUUGGGACCAAGCAGCAGGUCUAGUCUAGUGACGGUGGAGGACAGAUCACUCAGGUUUUUCUAUACUGACGAGAUGAUGGGGACGACUUUGACGGCGCUUUUGUUGCUGUGCCACGUCCAGUGUUGGGCUGUUCUGGCUGCAGCAGGGAUCCAACCACGCUGCUUGGACAACAGAAACAACUGGUCUCAUAAGGAAAACCCAACAAACGAAAACCUCAAGAAGAACGACUCUGACAUGGGCCUCCAGCAGAUCUCCAGCAGUGAGUUUCCACAUGUGUCUGGCAGUUUGAGACGGACGAAGAGGGAGUGGGUUAUUCCUGCAAUUAACUUCCCAGAAAAUGACAGGGGUCCAUAUCCCAAAUUCAUGGUGAAGAUUAAAUCAAGCAAUGAGGAAAAGGUGGCGAUAACCUACAAGAUCACUGGACCAGGGGUGGAUCAGCCCCCCGAGGGUGUGUUUACUGUUGAUCGGCGGUCUGGGGUGUUGUACGUGACCCAGCCAUUAGACAGGGAGAAGACUGCCACAUACAGUCUGUGGGCCCACGCAAUGAAUGAGAACAUCAGAGCAGAGGAGCCCAUGGAGAUCAUCAUCAAUGUCAUUGACCAGAACGACAACGCUCCGCAAUUCACUCAGAACCGUUUCCAUGGCAGAGUGAGUGAAAGCGCAGAAGUUGAUGACUCUGUCGUGAAGGUAACGGCGGUGGAUAAAGACGACCCAGAGACAAACAAUGCAAUAAUAAGGUAUCGGAUAAGGGCUCAGACGCCUCAAAUGGCCAAAGGGGAAAUGUUUGCCGUGAACCCAGUAAGUGGACUGAUCAGCGUGGCAGCGGGUGGACUGGACAGAGAGACUCACCCAGAGCACAAGCUGAUCAUUGAAGCUGCUGAUAUGGAGGGCGAGGGGCUGACAGCCACCUGCAUUGUUAUCAUCAGCGUCGCCGACAGCAACGAUAAUGCUCCACAAUUCACCGUCACGUCUAUUUCCACAUCAGUCCCUGAGAACGAGGCUGGAGUUGAGGUGAUGAAGCUGAAGGCCACUGACAAGGAUGAGCUAGGGUCUCCGAAUGCCAACACUAAAUAUUCAAUAGUCAAAGGCAACGAGGAGGGGGACUUCAACGUCACCACCGGCUCCAGCAAAAUGGAAGGAAUCAUCAAAACAGCCAAGGAGCUGGACUUUGAGAGCAGCCACAGCUUUAUUCUGCUGGUGGUGGUGACAAACGAGGCGCCGUCCUCUGGGCCGGAGUUUACCUCGACGGCCACGGUCACCGUGACGGUUGUGGACCAGAACGAGCCUCCUGCUUUCGGUCCAGCCGAGAUGCACGCGAGCGUUUCGGAGGAUGCGGACACGGGGAGCUCUGUGGCCGACCUCAGGGCUGCUGACCCCGACACAGCCAGGGCCCAGAGUGUUAGAUAUAAACUACACAAUGACACUGCCAGGUGGCUGAGCAUCGAUAAAGACACGGGAUCGGUGAAAGUAAAAAGCAGCAUGGACAGAGAGUCACACUAUGUCAAAGACAGCAAAUACACAGUCCUAAUUUUGGGCUAUGACAACGACACUGUCCCAGCUACAGGGACAGGCACCCUGGUCGUGACUUUGCUGGAUGUGAACGACCAUCGGCCUGUGAUCAAGCAGAGAGCAGCCCGUCUGUGCGACAAGGAGCCUGUCGCUGCCCUGCUGGAUGUAGUGGACCUCGACGGACCAGGUCACGCCGGACCAUUCGUCGUGGAGCUUCAAGGAGAGCACAGGACCAACUGGACCAUCAGCAUCAAUUCCACAAGCGACGUGGCCUCCCUGGCCCCCAGACGGGAGUUGUCACCCGGGGACUACCAUGUGCUCAUGCGUGUCUACGAUGUCGGCACGCUCUACCAAGACUCCGUCCUGGACGUGGAAGUGUGCCAGUGUCAGGGGGCUGUUUCCACCUGCUUCAUCUCACACUCUGCCCCUCGCCUGCACAUCUCUUCUCGCGCGACCUCGGUUCUGGGAGCAAUUUUUGGUCUCCUGUUGCUGCUCCUGCUGCUGCUGCUGCUGCUGAGAAGGAGGAGGAGCUCGGAGAAGGAUGUGUCUCACCUCGAAGACGAACCCAGAGACAACGUCUUUUACUAUGAUGAAGAGGGAGGAGGUGAAGAAGACCGGGCGUAUGACCUGAACCAGCUUCAGAGGGGGCUGGAUAACUGCCCGAGGGCCACCGAUGUGUUUCCCACUGUCCAGAGCCGCCCAAGCUACCGACUGCAACUCCACGCCGAUGAGGAGAUUGGAAAAUACAUAGAAAAUAUCUUGUGUGCUGCAGACGGUGACCCCACGGCGCCUCCGCACGACUCGCUCCUCGCGUUCGACUACGAAGGUGUCGGCUCCUGGGCGAGUUCGCUCAGCUCCGUCGACUCCUCGGACUCGGCGGAGGAGCAGGACUAUCGGAGCCUGCGUCAGUGGGGGCCGCUGUUCGACAGGCUGGCCGACCUGUACACGCGUGGGACGGAGGACGAGGACGAUGACAUAGAAACACUGCCAGGAAAAACUGAAUGGGUCUGACCUUUUAAAAAUUGUGUCCGUCGGCCCAAGAUGCUCUGUGGCCUCUUCCUGUUGGUUUGUGGUCCGAGGUGGGAGGUGUGCAUCCCCUGCUCACGCAGCUUUCUUUAGGUUUGUUGAUCGCACCAGGUUGUUGCUGGAAUCCGUGGGUGAAUAAAGACAUUUGCAAACUACAGUAUGUGUGUGUCCUGAGCUCACUGUGAUGAUGUCAUGGUUUCAUGGUUGCUGUAUUGUUUCAUUUGUCUCAUUCAAAACCUACGAAAUAAAAUUAAACAUCAUUUA